GUUAGCCUAAGAAACUCGUGAACUAAACUUUUAUAAAAACAGUUUUAUUGAUUUAUUUUAAGACUAAAUAAUUAUACAAAUAAUAAUAAUAAUAAUUGUUAUUAUUAUAUUUAAAUUAAUAAUACAAAACAAUAAAAAUUUACCUAUAGAUUUAAGUGAUUGUUAUAAGUUUUCAAGACUUUUGGUGGAAACUGAAAAUGAUGAACAUGGGAACUGAUAUACAAGGGCCAGACAAGAUACUGCCGACUGAAAAUAUUUUCACCUGGAAACGUGAUUGUGUUAAAUUAAGGCAUUUCGUUUACAACAACAACAACAACAACAACAAUAAUAAUCUGGAUAAUGGCUGUGAUGACGAUGCGUUCGCUCCAUCCGUUUCCAUUGUGACGAAGUUUAGGCAGGAAGCUGAGAAAUACGCUGAAACUAUUGCAAUGGUUGACAGGGGCGACGGCAGCCCUCCUCACGUAGUAACCUACAGGGACUACCACCAUCAAGUCAUCCACGUCGCCAAAAUAUUCAUCAAGUUGGGCCUGGAGGUUGAGCAUAGCCUCGGCAUCAUCGGAUUCAACUCACCGCAGUGGUUCAUAUCUCACCUCGCCUCUAUACAUGCUGGAGGUUUUUCCGCGGGAAUUUACGCGACGAACUCGAGAGCGGCCUGCAAGUUCAUCUGCCAGGAUUCCAGGUGUGAUGUGGUUGUCGUGGAGGAUGAUAACCAACUGAGAAAGUUCAUUAAUGAUGAUGGUAAACUUUCUUGGGGCAUAAAGGCAAUAAUACAGUACAGAGGCAAACCUUCCGUCACUCAUCCAAAUAUUUACUCGUGGAAUGAUAUAAUGACGAUGAAGACGAGUGAUGACGAUGACGUUGAACUGGGGAGAAGGAUUAACAAUCUGGCCGUCAACAAGUGUGCCGUCCUCAUAUAUACGUCAGGAACUACGGGCGAACCAAAAGGAGCUAUGCUAAGCCAUGAUAAUAUCUUAUGGACAGCCCAGCGUAUGAUACGUCACGUUCGGCACAUGAUACACUGGGACGCAUCUAGAGACACGACCAAUGACGUCAUGGUUUCGUACUUACCGCUCAGUCACGUGGCAGGCAUGAUGCUCGAUCUUUAUUGGCCAAUGCUGUGUGGAGGCGGGACGACAUAUUUCGCUAGGCCAGACGCUUUGAAGGGCUCACUUUUAAAGACAGUGAAAGAGACACGACCGACAUUUUUUUUCGGAGUACCGCGAGUUUGGGAGAAGAUGCGUGAGAAAAUGAUGGCGCAACUGAGUGCGAACACUAAUCCCAUUAAAAACUGGAUCCUCAACUGGGCCAGGGACGUCGGGAUGGAGGCCAAUAGUCGCAAACCGAAACCGUUAUUAUUCGGAUUGGCAAAAUUGUUAGUAUUCGACAAGAUUCGAGUCGAACUCGGUUUAGAUCGAAGCCGAAUUUUUUACACUGGCGGAGCACCGAGCAAAAAAGAAGUGUUGGACUUCUUUUUGGGUUUCAACAUUCCCAUCAUGGAGCUGUACGGACUGUCGGAAAGUUCCGGCCCCCACACAGUCAACUUGCCAGACGAACCAAAUUUUGAUUCCCAGGGAAAAGUCGUCCCAGGGUUUUUGUGCAAAUUUUUAAAAGUGGAUGACGACAACAACCACUAUAAUCAUGAUGAAAGUAAAGAUGAUGAUGGUGAUGAUUAUGGAGAGAUAUGCAUGAACGGGCGGCAGAUUUUCAUGGGAUAUUUGGAUAAGGAGGUGCUGACCAGACAGGCAUUCACGGAGGAUGGCUGGUUGAGAAGUGGAGAUCUUGGUAGGAUGGAUCGAGAUGGAUAUCUCUACGUCACAGGUCGCUUAAAAGAAUUAUUAGUAACAGACGGUGGAGAAAAUAUCGCGCCCUUGCCCAUAGAAUCAAGAGUUCAUCAGCGUCUGCCGUGUUUAAGCAACUGCAUGUUGGUGGGCGACAAAAGGAAAUUUUUAUCUAUGCUCAUUACAUUCAAAACAAACAUAGACACAACUACUGGAGAGCCAUCAGACACAUUGGCUGAUGACGUCAUAACCUGGUGCAGAAGUUUUCACUCCCAGGCCAGGACCGUCCAAGAUUUGAUAGCCACGCCGAAUACCAGUGACGUCAUGAGAGCAAUUCAGCACGUGAUCGAUGACGUCAACAUGGAAGCAACAUCGAACGCGCAUAAAAUUCAAAAAUGGCUCAUUCUUCCGAAAGAUUUCAGCCUCGGAGGAGGUGAACUAGGACCGACUUUGAAAUUGCGAAGGAAAGUGGUCACGACCAAAUACGAAAAAUUAAUAAACGAUUUGUAUGACGUCCAUGUUGUUAAUAAAUUGUAAUUCAUCUGAUGAUUGAAUGACUGAAUGAGCGACUGAAUGAAUGAAUGAAUGAUAAAUGAAUUAAUGAAUGAAUGAUGAUGAAUUAAUGAAUCGGGGAAUGAAUAACUCGCAUUUACUUAUCGUUAAUAUUUGGACAAAUUAGUUCAUCGCCACUUCAAAUGUUCUUAAAUAAUGUUUUUAUGAUUGAUGUUAUAGCGUAACAACAACAACAACACUAACAAUAAUAAUAAUCGUUAUUGUUCUUGCUUUUAUUCUUAUUAUUUUUAUUCUUCUUCAUCAUCUUAUUGUUGCUAUUUUAAAUUUCGUCACUCCCGCUAUUUUAAUAAUAAUGAUCUGUUUGAAGGCUUUUAAACUAACAUAGACUCAUAAACUCGAUUAAAAUUUUUUCGUUAUUAUUAUAAUUUAGUAUUAUUAUUCAUAAAUAAAUAUUAAAUAAACUUUCUGAUAACUUGUAUCAGUGCUCGAUGAUUGUAGAUAAGUUUGAGACACCAACGAGUGCUUUUUGUAAUAAUUUUAAUCGGUCCUUUUUAAAAUUUCAUGACCAAUUCUUUCUAAUGUUUUAAGGUUAUAAACGUUAUA